AUGGAGACGAUUUGUGAAAUAAAGGCAGGGAAGUGUACUGUUGAAGGGAAUCUCGUAUCCCCUGAUGAACGAAAGGGCAUCCUCCGUCUUGUAAUGGAAAAUGACGGACUUCUGAGGGUACAAUGGAGCAACAGAAAUACAGGUAUGGUUGAAGAUGACCUUUUUGUCAUACACGACGCGUACCUAUCUAAGGUUGAUGCAUGUACUACAGGGCAAGUUUAUCUGCUAAAAUUUAUCUCAAGUGAUGUGAGAAUGCUAUUUUGGAUGCAAGAAAUCAAUCAAGAAGUCAUCAAGAACUUCGUUGCCAAAUUCAACGAGACGACAGCAUCUCCACUCACAUAA